CUUAAGCAUUGAGCAUGAAUGACCAACGGUGGCCACAUGGUACUGCUGAAGAAAAGACCUGGGAUGAACAAGACGUCUGACGAACCACGGUUUCUGCUGUUAUACGUCUACCUCCAAGGUAUGAUAGCGUUGUUGUUGUUGUUGCUGUUGUCGUCGAUAUUAUCUACCUCUAACCUCCGUGCCAAGUUUCCUGUUUAUUCUCUUCAACUCUGCUGUAAAUAUCCUACUCCCUACAGUCAUGGAUAGCUCAUCGUCCCAUUAUUCAAUUUCGUCCUUGUGACCCCGCCAUACCUUGAUUAAAUGACACUAUCGUCGGACAAGCCCAGAACAUCCGCCUUCAACCACUCACCUCAACCGCCCAGGUCUAUUGUAGUAUGUACAUUGAUUGCGUGUUUGUGUACGUGGUACAUGUGUUGCUUGUGUGUGCCUGUGUCCGGCUGAUCAGCCACUACCGUGUUUCAAUUCCACCCUUGUUUCUUUUCUCAUCCGCAGCGAAGUCCGCAGUCCAUCCCGGCGCUGAUUUUCUUUUUAUAACCUCGUCUUCCUACUGUAUAUCCGGGAGGUGAGGUCAUCAUCCAAAUCCUCCAGGGCCUCCAUCCUUCAGCACUGAGAGUGGCUCUCAUCAAGGAGCCUCCCACAUGACUGACGACCUCAUGACUUUGCGCUGCUGCAACUUGCGUCGUAUGAGGAAAGCUCACCUUCACCUGGACCUGGCGUCAAUAUCUCAAACUUGCCUAUCAUGGCGUUGACCGUGAAGCAUCUCAACUCGGAUGCUUCAUUUCUACUCUCCUUCGAGCCCGUCAUCCCAGAGUCAAUUGCCGACUCAGUACUACCACAUCCGUUCACAAUACUGCUAGACCCAUGGAUAACAGGCCCAUCGACGAUAUUCCAUCCCCGGAUCUCCAAUACAACACAGAAGCAUCCAGCCUGCAUAUCAUCGCUGACGGAGUUGCUGCGGCCGCCGGACCUCGUCAUCAUCAGCCAGCAUAACCCCGAUCACUGCAAUGAGGCUACACUGCGCCAGCUACCCGCGAAUGGGAGCACACAGAUCCUUGCCGAACCAGCAUCAGCACGCAUAAUCCGAGGCUGGAAUUACUUUGACAAGAACAAAAUCCGAACCAUCAGACGAUGGGAAGACCCGCGUAUAACAGGCAAACAGUCCGUGAUUCGGAUUCCGGUUCCGCCCGUGCAACCCAACGGAGCAGAGGGUGAAGUCACCAUCGCCUUUAUUCCCCAAAAGCGUGACCUAGCCGGCCUGCACGGUGCUGUUGGUAUCACAUACAGAUCUCCGCCUACGCACGAUGUAAUCAAACAGGAAACCCUGACUAAGGUUCUCACGCCGCCGUCAACGCCGGAAGCACAGGGGCAGAUCCCGAUUGGCACACAAACGGGAACGCCAAUAAUAGUACCUACAGGAGACACGUUCCUACUACCUCCCACGCCUCCUAUCUCCCCUAUUUCGCCCAUAUCGCCGACCUCAUUGAGAUCCAUUCGCUCUGCUUCGACCUUGAUUGCAUCACCAACGCACUCUCUGUAUAGCCCUCACUUCCGCCCAGCUACCUCUUCCCAGAACGAACCAGUCCUGCCGCCGAGCCCGUACAGCCUCAGCCGGCCGAUCUCACUGAUUUUCUCCCCCCAUGGGAUCCAGUACAGCCAUCUCGCCGCUUAUGCGACAUCGCACCUCGUCGCCGAAGCAGCGCUACCACUAACAGCUCUUUUACAUUGCAUGGAUAGUAUCAACAAUCCGUGGUGGCUAGGUGGGAAUAUCUGCGCGGGCGUGCCCUACGGCGCCGAGAUUGCCUCGAAGCUAGGGGCGAGAGUAUGGGUAAGCGCACACGAUGGAGAGAAAGACGUGCGAGGCUUGGCAACAGGGAUGCUCAAGACACGGCGGUGGAGAGACGAAGAGAUUGAAGGCGCACUUGUAAACGCUCAAAAGAUGGAUCGGCAAGAUAAGAGUGAGCGAAAGGGUCGUACCAAGAUCUUGCGCCUAAAGUGCGGUGAAGAGAUCCUCAUCUCUGGGACGGGGCAACUAUGGCGCACUAAUACCUCCGCCGGCGGUGUUCAAUUAGACGAAAAGCCCGCCACGGAAACCUUCACUGCGCCGUCCCCGCCAUCACCGCCGACAACGACGAUAAUGGCGAUGACAACAAGCAUAACUAAGCACCAAGGAAAGUACGACAAGAAGGGCCUAGAGUCUUUGACACUCUCGCAAGUCCAGGACGUCAUGUCACCCAAGAAGCUCGGCAUCUAUAAGGCGCUGCGGACCCUGGACCUGAUCAAGCCAUCGCCCAGGCUGAUCAUAGAGCACGAGGUCACGAGCGCGGUGAUGCUGCCUAUAUCUACCCAAAGUUCAGCCCAAGUGAAGACGGAAAAGGAAACAGAGAGCUUAGAGGCGGUAUCCAAAAGGGAUUCUAGCAACGCCCGAUCCGUGGCAUUCGCGUUGCCCACACAGUCGUGAACAAGCACGCGCACACCCCCCCCCGCUUUGGUUUUUCUUCUUCUUUCCUUUUGUUCCCAUGUUACUACGAUCCAUUCUAUGGUCUGGCACGACCAAUGCGCACAUGGAUAGGGACGAGAAGGAAGGAUA